CGGAGCGGCGGCUGCCGCGGCUCCCGCCUGCCCGGCCGGCCGGGCCCCGCGUUAUGUCGUGAUCCCGGGCGGGCGGCGCCGCCGCGGCUGCCGAUGGGGCUGCUCAGGAUCAUGCUGCCGCCCAAGUUGCAGCUGCUGGCCGUGCUGGUGUUCGGGGUGGCCGUGCUCUUUCUGGAGAACCAGAUCCAGAAGCUGGAGGAGUCCCGCGGCAAGCUGGAAAGGGCUAUUGCAAGACAUGAAGUCAGAGAGAUAGAACAACGUCAUACAGCAGAUGGCCCCCGACAAGAUGUGAUGCUGGAUGAAGAAGAUGAUGUGGUGAUUAUUUACAAUAGAGUACCUAAGACUGCCAGCACAUCCUUCACAAAUAUUGCCUAUGAUCUUUGUGCAAAGAACAGAUACCAUGUUCUACAUAUCAAUACAACCAAAAAUAAUCCCGUUAUGUCUCUGCAAGAUCAGGUUCGAUUUGUGAAGAACGUGACUUCCUGGAAGGAAAUGAAACCAGGAUUUUACCAUGGACAUGUAUCUUAUUUGGAUUUUGCAAAAUUUGGUGUUAAAAAGAAACCAAUUUACAUAAACGUCAUAAGAGAUCCCAUAGAACGACUGGUUUCUUACUAUUACUUUCUGCGCUUCGGAGACGAUUACAGACCAGGGCUACGAAGGAGAAAGCAGGGGGAUAAGAAGACCUUUGAUGAAUGUGUGGCAGCUGGAGGUUCAGAUUGUGCUCCAGAGAAACUCUGGCUUCAAAUUCCAUUCUUCUGUGGCCACAGCUCCGAGUGCUGGAAUGUGGGGAGCAGAUGGGCUUUAGAACAAGCCAAGUACAACCUAAUUAAUGAAUACUUCCUCGUGGGAGUUACUGAAGAGCUUGAAGAUUUCAUCAUGUUAUUGGAGGCAGCUUUGCCCCGGUUCUUCAGGGGUGCCACAGAACUGUACCGGACAGGAAAGAAGUCUCAUCUUAGGAAAACAACUGAGAAAAAACUUCCCACAAAAGAAACUAUUGCCAAGCUACAACAGUCUGAAAUCUGGAAAAUGGAGAAUGAGUUCUAUGAAUUUGCACUGGAGCAAUUUCAGUUUGUCAGAGCACACGCAGUUCGGGAAAAAGAUGGAGAAUUGUAUAUCCUGGCUCAAAACUUUUUCUAUGAAAAGAUUUACCCUAAAUCAAACUAAGAACAUAAUACUUUUAGAUUUAUGGACCUAAAUCUUUGGUCACAUCAUCAUCUUAGUCCUCAGCCAUGGAAACUAGAUUGCUUGUUAGACCUCCAAGAUGUUUCUCUAUAGGUCCGAGAAAAGCGGGCUGUGGAUCACCUCCAGGGCGUUGGAUACUAACUAUGUUGGUAAUCCAGAAGCAAAAGCUUCGUGUCUUUUAUCUAACUAAUACUUUCAGUGGGAGUUAAUACCCUUUACCUGAGGAAAUCUUCACUUUAAUUUGGAGCAAUUAACACACAGCAGUUUUAGUUGAAAAUAUAAAGGAAAAAAAAAAAAGCUUCUGUUAAUGCUCUUUUUUAAUUUUCAGAGCAAUUUAUUUUCAUUUAUACUUCUGUGAAGAGGAAGUCAUUUUUCCCAGCUUUCAACAUGGAAAUCUUGGUUGUAUACUAUAUGAGUAGUGUUAAUAACUGGUUGACAUCUGUGCUUUGUUUUUGUGAAUCAUGUCACACGAUAUUGGUUGGGAUAGUUAAUCAUGUUCUGCUGAGAAAUGCUGCUGCCGCUGGAAUUGCCCAUAUUUAUAUUUGUGGUUUUAUUAAAAAGAAAUUAUGACUAAUCAUUAGUGUUAAAACAUCAUUUCCACAUCAAUACUGUAAAAAGUUAAAGAAUCAGCAGUGGGAUUUUUUUUGUUGUUGUUCUUUAUGCCCACCACCACUUGACCGAGGUUGGGAAAACUGCAAGGAAAGUUGGUUUUGUCUGCAGUUAUAGUCAAUACCUGCACAGUGGUAUAAAAGUAACAAAAUCAGUAUAAAGUUUCUCCAUGGAUUCCUUGUAAUUAUUGUAAGCUGAGGUAUUGGUGAAUCCAUAUUAUGACUCCAUUAGUGAGCUGUGGUAUGGUUAGGGUUUUCCUACUACUUCAAUACUUUUACCUGUAGAAUAUUUUUACUAAGGUGCUUUAUAAUGUGUUUUAAAGCAUUGCAUUUACAAAAGGAGUAAAAUGCUGUAAAUACUGCUUAUUUUAUGUAUUUGGACCAAAAGGUUUAAAGUAACUAGUUUGAAGUGGGUUUUUUUGCACCAGUUCUGUUACGUGUAAAGUAAAAAGACAUCAGAUAUGCUUCCUGGUUGAGUUAACUGUUGGAUAUUGCUGAAAUGCACUUCAGUGACCUCUAUGACUUUAAAACUAGAAUGUCAUCCAGAGAUUCUCUUUACAGAAACGUAGCUUUCAUCCUUUUGUUAUAUUAAGAGGAAAAGAAGAAAAAUGUGAUGUGUAGUCUGGUUGAGAAAGAUGCAGUGAACUUGACAUAAUUGUAUUUAUGUAACUGCCUUAUGUGACUGUUGUAAAUUUGUGAGUUGCUGUUAUUAACAAUGUGAAACACCUGGUAGAUCAAGAUAAAUUGAAAUUUGAGAACAGAUGUAUGGGGCCACUGCAUUAUAGCAAACAGCAGUGGAGAACUAUAAGAAUUUGUUUCCUAUUGGAUUUUCUUAAAUAUGAGUAUUUACACAUCUUACACCUGCCUUUUCUUAAAGUGCUUUUCAUUGAGUUUGAUAGGAGAGAAGGCACAGAGGAGACAAAGUUAGGAGUAAAGCAAAAAAAAGGGGGAGGGAAUUGUAAAGGUUUUGAUUCCUAAGGGAUGAUGCAGAAGGCUUAGUUUAAAAUUACCAAGUGGAGUUUCCUUAACCAGCUUGUUCUUGUAAUGAAAACAAAGGAAAUGGAAAAUGGUCUGUGAACUGGGUAUCUGCAGCCAAAAGCAACAGUCCAAUAACAGACAGGAUAAUGAGGGACUGUCAAGAACAUCUUGUGUUUUCUUUGUUUUCUUGGAUUUUCUUUUUGAAUUUCAAAAAUAGCCCUCAUUGUUCUUCCCAAAUAAUCAGGGAAGUUCCUUCUGGUAGCUUACCAUUUAUAUAGUGUGAACCCUGCAUAAGAUUUCCUGUUCCAGUUCUUUUCAACUGAUGUCAUUAAUAAUGCCAACAGGCUUGAGAAUGUGUUCACACAUGGAAACAUGCAUCCUAGCUAAAGGAAGGAGCUGAGGAAUCAUACGUAGGAAGUAGCAAAUGGAGAUCUAAAAACUUUCAAAAAAAGUUACUGCUUUGUUAUAAAAUAAAAGGAAUAUUUAUAAUCCCAGUGAAGAUUAUCUACUAAGUGAUAGUUCUAUUUUAGAUGUAUUGACUAAAUUCUUUUCCUUCAUUAUAAUUUGGAUUGGUUUACCUUCUUGAGUUGUCUUCAAAAGUUUUCAGAAGAGCACCUUUUUAAGAGAACAGAAGCAUUUGCUAAGUGAAAAUAUACAACGUUCACCUUAGUAAUGAAAAAGGUAUUUAUGCAAAUACAUCCGUAUUGACAAGAAAACAGUAGGCAAAGCCUAUUCGAUAUAUAGAAAUCUUCUAUUUCAUAAGCAAUUUAUAAGUUUUUUUCUUUUUUCCCCCCCCAGGAUUUAAGGUUUCUUAAAGGAGUCUUCAGUAACAGUAGAAGAAUACAUUUUAUUUUUUAAUUCAAAGAGCAAUAUAUUUUUCAUAGUUCAUAUAAGACAUUUGAUUUACUUCCUAUUCUUUGCUGUGAACUGACAGGGUGGAGGCAAACGAGCUUAAAUAUUUUUAAAUAAUGCUAGCUACAAAUGGAGAGGUAAUCAUUUUAGGUGUACUCUGAAAACUUUACUGCCGUGGAAUACAGAAAGGAGGCAAAUGGUCUCUUUUAUAUCUUGUGCUGCCAUCUAGUUGACUGUGAACUUUCUUGGUCUCUUUCGAAAUAAGAACUGUCCAAAGCAGAGUUUAGGAAAACGAGCUUUAAGAAUUAUGAAUAACCUGCUGUCUAUUGGUAUUAAAAAUAUUUUGCAGUAUAUGAACAGAAUUUAUCUUGUGCAUUUCCCCUUAAUGAGUUAACAUGAAAAGCAGCAAUAUGUAGACUUCUGUUAUUGCAGGUUCAUUAGACUUACUAUGCAGCCUCCUGAACACAGAUCUUUUAACUGAAAACACUUUUAACUGAAAACACUGCAUAGGAGUGAGAUUUGAUAUUUUCUGGGCUAAGUUCAUUUGAAAGGUGCUGAAAUGCUCAAAAUUAUAGUUGAGAGUAGAUCCUGUUACACUGUUCUGUACUUUUUGUACAAAACAAACAUUCAGAUUUUGUGCAAAAUUCUAGCCCUGUUGAAACUCAUGGUUGUCAGUAUAUGGCACUUGGUUCAGCUGUGCUGACAACUACAUAGCCAUAACUCUAGCAUGCCUGGAGCAUUUGAGAUAUACUGGGCAGUGCUGACAGGAGAGCAACAGUGUUCUUUGCUCCUUCCCAUAACAAUUCUGCAUUCAUGCAACAAGACUUUCUUUCCUGUUUUCUUGUGCAUCUACAAGCAGACAUCUACAAGCAGUUCUAGAGUGUAGGAUGUGAUACAUGUAUACUUUCCAGUUCACUCUGGAUUUAUUUUCAUACAGUCUUUAAUGGUGUGAUCAUAGCUUCAUUUUCAAACAGGCACAAAAAAUGAUUGCUAUACAAGUAUGACAAAGGAAAAAGCAAUUCAUCUAGGUCGUUUGAAAUGCCUUUUCUCUGGGUAUUUAACUUUUCUGAAGAUACAUGGCUAUUUUUGUGUUCCAGGAAUAUACAUUUCCUUGUUCAUGAUCUCAGAGCAGUUCUAUUUUAAUAUCAGGGAAAAUUCAGUUGUUUUCUGCUAUAAUUCUGUUAACAUUUUCCAUUAAGAUUACCUAGUGUUGCUAAAUGAGUAUGAGACAAGAGUUAUAUAGAUGAUGACGACUGAACUGUGCUGCUUUGCAGUCAGUGGAAAAACCUGAUUCAAAUGCACUGCCAAUUUAGCUCUUCAAAAUUAGAGCUUAUUUUAUGACUACUGGAGAUAAAGAAACUGUAGCGCUACUGAGUUGCAUGGAUGCAUCCUUUAAUUUAAGCCUAUGCAACUAGGUAGCCUCUGCAGCAGUAUUUAAAGGAAGAGCCCUCUUCAUGAAGACUUUUCUGGGGCAUAAUUAUAAAUGUUUAUACCCUUGUACUGUCUUGUAUCUACAUCAGCAGCUUUCUGUAGCUUCUGUAAAAAAAAAGAAAAAA